UUCAUUGGGGGAAAACCCAUCUAUCUGUGCAUUGCAAAACAGCGGAGAGUAUCAUUUCAAAGUUUCGUAAGUCGUGUUUAGCAAAAUAUCCAACCUAAUAGGCCUACCUGUUUCAUAGUUGUAUAGGAGUUGAAUCAUAGGGUUGAUGUUUCUCUUUCCGCACAAACCAUGGCUGAAGCUGUUGUAGAAGCAAUAUUGGGUCAUCUGGAAUGUGCUAUCUGUCACUGCAGAUUGGAAGAUGCAAAAUGCCUCAAAUGUUUGCAUACUUUUUGUGAGAGUUGCAUUAAUCGGGCAAUAGAGGCAAAUGCAGAUUCAGAUUCUUCAGAUGAUUAUGACGAGUUGGAUAGGCCUAAUCAUAGGUUCAGGUGCCCGAUGUGCCGUCAAGAAACAGGUUAUGACUAUGAUAGAUCGGAAGCUCUGAGACCAAAUUUGUUGGCUAACAAGAUCAUCGAAGAAAUUAAACGUCAUGAGGAUUCUGAAUCAAAGAAAGAACUCUGCAAGGAGCAUGGCGCUGAAAAGAAAUUUUUCUGUGAGAAAUGUAACGUGCUAAUCUGCAGUGAGUGUGCCCUUUGCAAUCACGGGAAACAUACAUUCUUGAUUAAGAACUUGGAAGAAGCUUCCAAAGCAAAAGUGGAAGAAAUCGUAAAAUUGAUGACUAAAGCAACGGAAUGGAUGGAGUCUUAUGAGCAUUUUCGUGAAGACUAUGCGGCUAAACAAGCGGAAGGAAAUGAAAGACUUGACAAUAUAUCAGACGUAAUCAAAGUACGUUUCAAUUCGUAUUUAGAACAUGUUACUGAUAUCAUCAAUCAUAGGAAAGAGGAUCUCUUGGCAGAGGUAAAAACCAAUCGGAGUGAUCUUAACGAGGCUUUAGACAACAUAUUGAUACCUGUAGGGGAAGCGGUUUCUAAAGUCACAGAAGAAAUCGAAUUAGCGGAAGAACUUUUGGACAGUACUGACCCAAAGGAAGUGGUUCUUCAAUACAAGGACUGGGCAAAACGCCUAAGUCAAGGUACAGACCAACAAAUUCCUUCUGAUGCAGCUGCAAGACGUCAAUGUACUAGAGUUGGGUCUCUGCACUUCUCUGAGAGUGAGGCACCCGUCUUUGAGGUACCUAAAUUGGGCGUCCUUAGGUUGCAAGUCCCAGAAGCUAAUAGCCAAGGUGAAGAGAAAGGCGUUCUCCAAUUAGUUUGUAAGCGCAGACUUCUUCUCACUCUCCGUACCCAGGUAUCCGGUAAAAUAAAAAUAAUGACACCGUACAAGAAUGACAGCAUAUUGGUUCAUUAUCAAAAUGGUCACACGGAAGUCCUUUGUUUAGAUGGCAGUUGCAGCAGAAUAAGGUCAACUAACAUCUCAGCCAAAGAUAUGGCAGCACUGUCUGAUGGUCGUUUCGUCACUCUGACAAGAAAUAAGGUUAAGAUUUAUGAAAGUGGAGGUAUUCAGCAACAGAUUAAGUUCUCAAUACAUGAGGAUGAUGGAAUGGCGGAUGCUAUCACUACAGAUGCCGAGGACAAUGUCUUGCUUCUGUACUCAGAACUCGCCAAAAUCGUGAGACUUUCUUCGGGUGAUGGAUCACGUAUUGAUGCAGUCUCCGUAGUUGGCAUUAAAUCAAACGGGGUACUGAGGAUCAAUUCAACAAAGAAUGGGAAGAUUGCCAUUAUACAGGACGAUGGGGUCGUAAUUGCUUCACCGGAUGAUUCAUGUCGAGUAAUGGCACUCUCAGCGACUGGUAAAGUGUCCUGUGACCAAGAAGGCAAUCUAUGGGUUAUAUCCCAUCAUACCAUCCAGGGUACUAGCAGAGCUUUUCUGGAGGUUUAUGGAGACCAGGGUGAACUCCUUGCGGAAACCUAUCUUCCAAAUGAUAAUACGGCUGUAGGUUUUGAACCUUGGGGCAUUGCUGUGUCGACAAGUUGCUUUGCGGCAGUUCUAUCACCGAGCCAAGUAGGCUGGUUCAUCUGGGAUAUUUGAAAUCAUGACGUACGUUCAGUAGGCCUAGACUUUAUUUUCAACAUUAUUCCAGUGGCUUGAUGUAUUAAAUGAUAGUGAUUUUUUUUACCUGAUUGCUAAGAAAGCAUGAAUGUUUGUAAGAAAGCAACAAGAGGACCGAACGGCUUAAGUUCCUUAAGUGCCUUACCAAAGGGCACUAGCGCACCAAUUGGGAAUACAAAACCUCCACCCUACCGACUGAGCUACAGGUAUAAGCAUAUCUAUAACAGUACAUUCUGGUCCUUAUUUCCAAGUAUCGAUAUUUGACCCAAGAAAGUUAAACCAGAAGUAAUGAAAAACAUAAUAUUUUGUGAUGUUAAAAAUAUGAUCGAGUAUUAAGUGCAAGCCAUUGUUGAACAUCACAAAUUUGUAUAUCUUCCGGGAGUUAUGUUGAGCAGAAGUUUUCCAGGUAUUAAAAUUCAGGCAAUAUUCGACACACUGGUGGAUCUAGGGGGAG